GGCGGAGCUUCGUGUACUUGUCUCGGAGGAAAGUCGGCUAGAAGAAGAAGAAGAAGAAGCAGAAGCAGAAGCAGAAAGAAGUUGAUUGUAAAGUUCCUGAUUUGUGGAAGUUUGUGGAAUAAAGAAUGAAUCACAUGUUGACCAGCGUGCUGAGACAGACAGCGCGGGCAGUGAGAGGGGUUUCCCUGUCUCAGAGGCACAGCGCGCGCUGGAUGUGCUCCUCACCCUCAGAAGAAGUGCUGAAGAACCUGGAGCAGAUGGUGAAGAAGGACAAAGUGGUGGUGUUCAUGAAGGGAACUCCAGCGCAGCCCAUGUGCGGCUUCAGCAACGCCGUGGUGCAGAUCCUCAGGAUGCACGGGGUGGAGGAGUACACUGCUUACAACGUGCUGGAGAACCAGGAGCUCAGACAAGGUGUGAAGACGUUCUCCAACUGGCCCACGAUUCCUCAGGUGUUCUUCAACGGAGAGUUCGUGGGUGGAUGUGACAUUCUACUGCAGAUGCAUCAGAGCGGAGACCUGGUGGAGGAACUGGACAAACUGGGCAUCAGAUCAGCAAUACUCGACACACACACACCCUCCAAUUAGCGUGUGUGUGUGUGUGUGUGAGAGAGAGACACACACUAGUUCAUGACUUCGUAGCAUCUUCUGAAAUCAGUCCACACCUGUGAGUUUUUUAAUCAAUGACAGAAACACUGAUGUGUGUGUUCGUGCUGUAUAAACACGAGUGUGUGUGUGUGUUUGUGUGUGUGUGUGUGUGUGUGUGUACUUGAUCAAUAAAAUAUAUUAAAUUGCUUUAUAUUUGUCUGAUUCUAUAAAUGUAAAAAUGAACAAUGAAUAAAUAAAUUUUACUGAUCUUA